AUGGCGAUUCGUGUUCGAGUUGUGAUCUUUAGCUGUUUAAGUUAAAUUAAAUGUUAGAAAAUGAUAUUAUUAGUUACUUAUAACACAAGUACCAAACCGUAUAGAUAGUGUUGCUAAACAAAUUCAUCAAAUAUCCUCGGAACAUUGACAAUAAAACACAGGAAAUAUUGUGUAUCAGGAUGUCGAGCAGUCCGUUCCCUUACACGUGCGAGCUGUGCGGCGCCGAGGGGCUGACGGACGAGGGCAUGCGGGCGCACACGCUGGAGGCGCACGUGGCGGGCCGGCCCGACUGCCCCUUCUGCGGCUGCUCCGUGCCCCAGGCACAGCUCGUGGCCCACGUACAGCGCGUGCAUCUGCACUACCUCACGCCCGAGAGGGAACUCAUGGCUUUCAUUGAUGAUCAAAGUCCUAGUUUCGAUGAAGAUUCUAAAAUGACGACAACUGAUAGCUGCAGCUACAACACGCCGGGCUCCAUCAACGGGUGGCACAGCCCCGAAAUGUCCGCCGCCCCCUGUCACAACGGCGCCAUCGCAAAGAACAGCAACUACCACAACGGCUACUACGACAAGGAGAACUACCACAGGAGCGAGAAAGACGACGAUAGCUGCUCGCGCUCGCCCAACAAUAUUAAUCUAUGUAAUGGAAUGAAGACCAUUAACAUUAGUAAUGGGGUGAUACCAAAAAAAAAUCACAGUAGAGAGAAUUCUAGCGACGGCGAAAUUAUGAAUGGUCACGACAAGAAGGGUAUGCAUAACAGUCCUAGUCAUAACAUAGACAAUUAUGAAGGGUCGCCGAAUAAAAAUAAGUUGUCAAUGGCGAGCGCUGGUCAAGGAUCACCGCUUAGAUCACAACUGGCAUUGAAGCUCAAAGCUAAUACGCCUAAAAAGAUACCACCAACACCAAGUCCUACGGUUCAGUGCUUGUUAUGUGAUUUCAAAUCGACGUGUCCAAAGAAACUUGAGGAACAUAUAAACAGAGCUCACUUCGAUCUGACGUCACCCUCUCUGCUCUCAAAUGCCAACAUUAAUGCAAACAUAACUGAGAACAUAACUUUGGGGAUGAACAAUGCCACCAUAACACUGGACAACCCCACUCUAGCUCUGAGCGCGAUGGCCAUGUCCCCAGGGCCACACUCUUCCUCAUUUCAAUGUCCAAUAUGUGAAAAGGAGUUUGCCAGCGGAUCAGAGGUGGAAGUACAUGUUAAUGUGGAACAUAGAGAUAUACUGAGCCCACAAAAAUCUGAGCAGCUUGACAAUGCGUCAUGUGAGGAUGUGGUGAUGAUGGAGGAGAGUCCCGUUAGCAACUGCCCCGUCUGCUGUCAGCCCCUGCCCCUAUCUGAACAUGAGCUGAUUCAGCACAUUGAAGAGCAUUUUGAAAAAGGUGAGGAUGCUGCAAUCUCCACUAUGACGGCUGCAGAAAGGGAAGCUCAGAAGAACAGAGAAGAACAUGAAUUUCAACUGUUACGGGCGCAGUACGGCAUGGAGGAGUGCGAGGCGGAGGGCGAGGAGGCGUACUCGGCCCGUGCGGCGAGCAGCUUGCGGCGCGCGGUGUACAGCGGCGCGCUGUCCGUGGCCGGGUACUACGAGCGCAGCGUGAGCCUGCGCCGCGCCGCCGCCACCGGCCGCGACACCGGCUCCUCCAGGACCAACGGUAUUUUGGAGAGGAUAGCUCAGCUGAACGCACAGAAUCCCAGCAUCGCCAAGACGUACCUGUGCAGCGCGGUGGACCACUACGCCAGCACCUACGGCGACCGCGGCUGGGGUUGCGGCUACAGGAACAUGCAGAUGCUGCUGUCGUCGCUGGCGCGGCAGGCGCAGUACGCGCGGCUGCUGGCGGGGGCGGGGGCGGGGGCGGGCGGCGGCGCGCGGGGCUGCGACUGCGCGCCCUCCAUCCCGCGCCUGCAGCUGCUGGUGGAGCGCGCCUGGCAGCUCGGCUUCGACACGCAGGGCUCCGAGCAGCUGGGCUGCAAGCUGCACAACACGCGCAAGUGGAUCGGCGCCUGCGAGGUCGUCACCGUGCUCUCCUCGCUGAGGAUAAAGUGUCAGCUGAUCGACUUCCACAAGCCGACGGGCGCCGACGGCAGCCACCCCGCGCUCUUCGCCUGGGUGCUGCGCUACUUCAGCGAGGACCCCGACGCCUUCAAGCCGCCGCUGUACCUGCAGCACCAGGGUCACUCUAGAACAAUAAUAGGAUACGAGAAGCACAAAGACGGCAAAGCGACCUUACUAGUCUUAGAUCCGUCUCACUCUCCCGCUCAAGUGCGCGCGGUGGUGUGCGGCGGGGCGGCGGGCGGGGCGGCGGGCGGCGCGGCGGGCGGCGCGGCGCUGCGGCUGCUGCGGCGCGGGGCCUGCGCCCUGCGCGCCAAGCAGUACCAGCUGCUGGCCGUCACCGGGCUCAUCGCCACCGAGGCCGAGUACGAGGCGAGCAAGGUGCUGCAGUCGGUGCGCAUCCCGUAGUACCGCAGCGGACACACAGACAGACUGUCACACAGCGCACUGCGAUUCUCCGCGACACGGUUUUACUUUAUCCCUUUACUUGAUGAUAUUCAUUUUCUCGGUAUGUAUUUUACGUAUAAAAGAGCCAAUGUGUUUUUCAUAACUGAAUUUUAAAAAUGUGAGCAACAUACUUGAAAUGUUUUCCGGAACUUUCGAAAGUUGGGAAAAUUCACACAAACUAGUCAUUUAAUUUAACAAAAUAACACAACACAUUUGUUGCACAGAUUUACUUAAUAUUAUUGAAUUUAGUUCAUAAAUAUACUUGUGAUCAUUCUA